AUGAUGAAUACAGAGUCCCUUAUCCGAGUCACGGUAUGUGUGAAUCGGAAGCUUGGUACUACCGAGGAUGAAUUCAGUGAUUAUUGGGUGAAUAAGCAUGGGCCGCUUGCUACAGAGUGGCUGCUGCGAUGUGGCAUUGUCCGCUACGUGCAGUAUCACACUACUUCUAAGCAUCGCAAUUUGGCCAAAAAGAUGUCGGACGCUGUGGGACGUCCAAUGCUUCAAUAUGAUGGAAUGGGUGACUUUUGGGUUCGGAAAUACGAGGACUUUGAAGCGGCAUUCCUUGACGAGAAUAUCAAGAAAAGAUCCGGCCAGAUGAGCUGA